UGCUGGACUGCCGGUGCUCCCCAUUCUCCAAUUCGCCGCGAGGCGCGCAUGGAGGACCUCCCCAUCGCACCGCCACCGCGGCACCGGGCGCGGAGGCACCGGAGGAAGGCGUCGGACUCGGCCACAUACGGGGACGUGUUCGGCGGGGGCCCGCGGUUCGCGCCCCCUCUCGCAGGGGCCCCGGCGGACUACGCGGACGUGUUCGGCGGCGUCGCGGCUUCCUGCUCCAUCCCGUACCUCGACCUUCCCCCGGCGGCCGCCGGAACCGACGGCGGCGCGGGGAGGUACGGCGAGAUCUUCACGCGGGUCGGCUUCGGGGAGUACGCUGCGCCGUACGAGGACAUGUUCGCGGAGGCGGAUGGAAUGGCGGACGAGAUCGAGUCGUGGAGCGCGAGCUCGAGCAGAUCAUCAGUCAGAAAAGAAUCUGGUGACAUGGAUGCUGAGCCAUCUCUACUCUAUCAACACUAUCCAAAUGUGGUCUAUGACCAACAGUUUGAUGAGGAACAGUUUUCUCCAGUCUCCUUUCCUCCAGAUGGUGCACAACAGUUCAACAUGUCGUAUAAUAAGGCAACCAGGGGAAGGCUAGAUGAUCUAGUUGAAAUGACUACUUGCAUGGUGGAGCCUUCAAUAAGUUACGUGGUUGACUCUUGCAGUUUGUCAAAUGGUUCAGCAACGAAUCAUGUUCCAGUAAUGGACAAUGGUGCACUUGCUAAUGGUGAAGAUAAGGAGAUGAGCCCACCACCACCCCCUGCAAGCGGUGAUUAUGUAGCUGAGAAGAAGCAUAUCUCUCCCUGCCUUCCCAUUUAUGAAAAUCAUUAUGAAGAUAAAAAAGAUCAUAGGAGGUCUAGCAUUCAUUCGGCAUCAAGUGAGGAAAACAAUGGUGCAACUGCUAAUGAUGAAAAUAAGGAGACCAGCCCACCACAACUCCCUGCAAACGGUGAUUCUGUAACGGAUGAGAAGCAACAUAUCUCAACUUGUCUUCUCAAUUCUGAAAAUCUUUAUGAAGAUGAAAAGGACCACAAGAGAUCUAGCACUCAUUCAGCAUCAAGUGAGGAAGUACCUUCCCCCGACUAUCCAUUCGUAAGGGUGUCCAACACCCACAUUCAAACUCCGCCCAUCAAAGUACAGAAACCAUCAAUCCUACCAUCUAGUUUUCUUAAUAAAAAGGAAAUUAAAUCUGACAGAGAUUCUGAGGUCAAUCCUAACUCUGCUGCUGCUGCUGCUGCUAUAAAGGAAGCAACGGAUGAGAAGCAAUAUAUCUCAACUUGUCUUCUCAAUCCUGAAAAUCUCUAUGAAGAUGAAAAGGACCACAAGAGAUCUAGCACUCAUUCAGGAUCAAGUGAGGAAGUACCUUCCCCCGACUAUCCAUUCGUAAGGGUGUCCAACACCCACAUUCAAACUCCGCCCAUCAAAGUACAGCCACCAUCAAUCCUACCAUCUAAUUUUCUUAAUAAGAAGGAAAUUAAAUUUGACAGAGAUUCUGAGGUCAAUCCUAACUCUGCUGCUGCUGAUGCUAUAAAGGAAGCAACGGAUGAGAAGCAAUAUAUCUCAACUUGUCUUCUCAAUCCUGAAAAUCUCUAUGAAGAUGAAAAGGACAACAAGAGAUCUAGCACCCAUUCAGCAUCAAGUGAGGAAGUACCUUCCCCCGACUAUCCAUUCUUAAGGGUGUCCAACACCCAUAUUCAAACACAGCCCAUCAAAGUACAGCCACCAUCAAUCCUAUCAUCUAAUUUUCUUAAUAAGAAGGAAAGUAAAUCUGACAGAGAUUCUGAGGUCAAUCCUAACUCUGCUGCUGCUGAUGCUAUAAAGGAAGCAAUGGAUUUUGCUGAAGCGAGGUUAAAAGCUGCAAAAGAACUGAUGGAGAGAAAAGGGGACAGUUUUAAAAUUCGGAAUAGGCCAGGUCAUCAUAGAGGCACAAAAUCGACAGAAAUCAAGGAAGAUAAGAGUCCUCAAGAGGUGAAUAUAUUUGAAGAGAAGCUGAUCCCAAGAAAGUUAGCAGAAGAGGAAAACUAUGUGAAUCUAGCUUUCCCGAAUAAGCACAGAGGCAGUAGUGCAGUUAAGAUAACAGACUGUUAUCAAGACGAAAAAGGGGUUCUAUCUCCAGGGAAGAGUCAGCAGAUGAUACAAAGUGACUGUAAACUUGAUCAACUUGGCAAGUGGGCAUCCGACGCUGAAUUCUACGAUCUGGUUAGCCAUCAUCGGAAAUGUACAACUAGCACAGCUGCAUGUGAAGGUGAUAUGCAUGGCCAUUCUGAGAAAGUAAAAGAAGGGGUUAAUGCAGGGGAUUUGGAAAGAGAUGGGAAAUUGUCGGGUGGUAAUGAAAUAACAGAGCUGGGAACGAUACAUGUAAAUCUUAUAGCAGAUGAUACAUCUGCUCUAGGGGUUGAACAUAAGGCUCCUACAGCUCCUGAAGGUUCACUAUGGGAAGAAAGGGUGGUAUACCAAGAAACAAACAAUUCUCAUAUCAAAGAACAUGUAGGGCAAAGCAAUUCUCCAAAAGAUCAUGAUGAUGAUAGGAUAUUUGAGGCUUCAUGUAUGAAUGGCAUAUCUCCAAAGCUGCAUGUUGUUCCAGAUACAUCCAGUUUGUCCUUGAAGGUUUGUAUACCAGUAGACCAUGCCAAUGGUAACCAAAAUUGUUCUGAUGCUAGUACUGAGGAAACUCCACUAGUAGGAAAAUAUGACAAAGAAAACAACAAUGAAGAGGUACUUGAGACUCCAUGUGCUGAUGAGACACUUUGCACUUCUCUAAGGAAUCAAGUGUCAGAUGAACAUCCGGAAGUUCCUAUCAUUGAUGAAAUUGAGACGAGUCAACCAAAAGUAGCCACAUUAGAAGAGCCUGCAGAAUAUUAUGAAGACCAAUGGUCCCCGAAGAUGUCAAAUACAGUUCACGGGGAGGCUAAAACUUCUGAGGAAGACAAUAUGUCCAGUUUUGUUGAUGAAGCAUGCCUCCAAAGUGAAGAAGAAAAAAUUACUGAAUUACCUUCAGAAACGCUCAUCCAUAAAGAAAUGGAGAGAUUUGAAAUUGAGGAGAAUGAAAGCCUGCAUGAAGAUUCCGAAGAUGAAGAUGUAUACUGGGAUGCGGGAUCUCCUGAAAAGGAAGCUAGUGUUACUUCCGGUACCGAUGCUAAUGAAAAUGACAAAGCAGAGGUGCUGAAUGUAUUUGUGGCAGAUAGUGACUUGAUGGAAAACAAUGUUGGAACAUGUGCUACUUUUGCUGAACACUCAGAUCAACUCCCAGAAUCUCAGGAGUCAAUAUUGGAACCUCAAGACUUGGCAAACAAUAUGGAUAUAAUUGAGGAUUUUGUAUCCCAUGGUAACGAAAAAGAAGCAAAAAAUACCUUGUUAGAGAACAGUGAGACGACACUGGUGGAAGAAACGUUAAACCAUGAUACGGAAGGCCAAACAUCCAUGGAAACUGGUGCCACCAAAGGACUAAAUGAUGUAUAUGCAGAAAUAAUUGCAAAGAAUAAUAGCGUGGGUAAUGUACUUCAUUCUGGAGCUGAAGUUAUCACCGAUGAUUACAAUGAUUAUACCACAUGUUCCAAAGAGAUGCAUGCUUCAUUUUCAGAAGCAUGCUCUAGCAUGCAUCACUUGCCUCAGAAUGCUGAAUCUAUUUCUGCUCUGGCGUCUGAUGAAAGCAUAUCUUUCCUUGUAAAUCUUGAAGAGAACCGCAUAAAAGCAGAUAGUGAAUAUUCGACAAUAAGAGACACAGCGUUACAAGGGAAAAAUACAGGAGGCAAAAUUGAAGAAAGAGAUGGCAAAGACAAAAUACCGAGUGUAAAUUUGAAGAAUCAGCAAUCUUUUGGAGAGGAUAGUGCAUCAAAGUUGGUUCAGAAAUCAAGAAAAGAGACCUCUGAUGCCCAGAGAAUUGAAGGGAGAGAUGAUAUAAGAAAGGCAGAAAGAGAAAUUGAAAAGGAUGUCUCCCUAAGACCAGAUAAAGAUAAAGAAAGGGAAUACAAAAUGGAAAAAGAGCAAAGUAAAGAGAAACCAAUAAGAGAACUAGAAGAAGAGAAGGAGAGGGAGAGGGAGCGGGCAAAAGAUAGGCUUGCUGUUCAGAGGGCUACCAGAGAAGCUCAUGAGAGGGCAUUUGCUGAGGCUCGUACAAAGGCUGAAAGAAUAGCAUUAGAAAGGAUUACCUCUUCACGGCAAAGAGCGUCUGCAGAAGCAUGGGUUAAAGAGAAGGCAAGUGAUGAAGCAGUUGCAGAGAAGGCUGCUAGAGAAGCUAGAAUAAAAGCGGAACGCGCAGCAGUUGAGAGAGCAACUGCAGAAGCUCGAGAGAGGGCAAUUGAAAAGGCAAAGGCUGCUGCAGAUGCUAAGGAGCGAAUAGAAAAGGCCAGGUUCCCAUUCAAAGAUAGUUUUAAGGCUACUAAUCAGGACACACAAUUUCAGAAGACAGCUCCUAACAACCAUGGAAGAAGCACAGAUUCUUGUAAUCAAGUAUCUGAGUUUGAAUCAGCUCUAAGACACAAAGCAAGAUCGGAGAGGCACCAACGGACAGCUGAACGAGCGGAAAAAGCUCUAGCCGAAAAGAAUAUGCGGGACAUGCUGGCUCAGAGGGAGCAAACAGAAAAACACAGAUUGGCUGAAUUCCUUGAUCCUGAAGUCAAGAGAUGGUCAAAUGGAAAGGAAGGAAAUCUGCGAGCAUUGCUCUCUACGUUGCAAUAUAUACUUGGUUCAGACAGUGGCUGGCAGUCAGUUCCCCUCACAGAUCUCAUUACAGCUGCUGCCGUGAAGAAAGCAUACAGGAAGGCAACCCUUUGUGUCCAUCCUGAUAAAUUACAACAAAGGGGUGCUACAAUCAGACAAAAGUACAUCUGUGAGAAGGUGUUUGAUCUUCUUAAGGAAGCUUGGAACAAGUUCAAUUCCGCAGAGCGCUAAGUGGGGGAGAUACGCAGUGGUGUUCAUUCUCCCUUUUUUUCCGGGAGAACGGGAAAUUAGGUUAAUAUCUAUAGCCAUAUAAUUAAUCUUUUAUAUAGAUGUAAAUAUGUGGUUCUGGGGAAUAUUUUUUGACCAUUAUUCUACCAGAUUAAUAAUCCAAUAAUAGAGCAUCCUUUGUUCUUUAUCCCAUGAAAAGUAUUUCAACAGGUCGCAACAUUCAAUCCAAGUAAUAAAGGAGUAAAUGUUAGUGGAUAUUAAAAAA